AUGUCAGCAAGUUGGGAUUUACUUCGCCAAACAGUAUUUGGAGAAGAUGAUUGCCCUCUUGAAUUACAAAGGAUAGGAACUAAGAUUGCGAGUGAAUGCGGUGGGCUUCCUCUUGCCAUUCAUGUGAUAGGAGGGCUAUUGUCAAAGGUCAAAAGAUCAAAAGAUGUGUGGGAGCAGAUUUCAACAGAUGUAAACGCUUCCAUAGUUAAAUCAGAUGAGCGGUUCUCCAAUAUACUCUCCUUGAGUUAUAACCACUUACCCAUUUGCUUGAAACCAUGUUUCUUAUAUAUGGGAGCUUUUCCAGAAGAUAACGAGAUUAAGGGAUCUAGACUUAUGAGUCUAUGGAUAGCGGAGGGAUUUGUGAAAUCUAUUGGUGAUAAGAGUUUGGAGGAAGAGGCUAAGGAUUACUUAAAUGCACUCGUGCAGAGGAAUCUACUUGUGGUUACACGAAAAAAGUCCAAUGGGAAAGCAUUGAGUUACUCAAUGCAUGAUCUUUUGAGGGAUUUAUGCAUAAGGAAAGCUAAUGAGGAGAAGUUUUUACACGUUAAGGAUUCCAUGCGGCGUGUAAGUGUUGAGUCAUCAUAUGAAAUGGAUGAUGUGUGUGCUUCACCACAAUUAAUGUCACUUGCCCGAUCUUUUAUAUGCACUAGAGAUAAGAUCAAUAUAUCUCAUGCUUUAUGCAUGUUAAGAUUGGUUAGAGUGUUGGAUAUAAUGGGUAUGUUAUUGGAGGAGUUCCUAGAAGAAAUUUUACAACUUGUCAACCUACCCUACUUAGCUAUCAACUGCUCUUCGGAUUUACCUGAUGGAAUGUCAAGAUUGCACAAUCUGCAAACCUUGAUUUGUCCAAACUUAUGCGCUAUGUGA